AUGGUCAUUCUUCAUUUUAAUGUCGGUGGACAGCAAUUUUCCACAACCACCAGUACACUGCUCCAGGAAAAAAAUUCUUUGUUCGCUCAGGUACGUACUGCUUUCUCUUGGUUCGCAACCAUGCAGCCACCAUUGGAGAAGGACAGUAACGGAGCUUAUUUCAUUGAUCGCGAUCCAGUCAGUUUUGGCACUAUUUUGAAUUACCUGCGACUGAAAUCAGCGAGCCAAUUAUGGGAAGCAUGCUUGCCGAAGGAUCCGGAUCGACUGGCUCUUCUAACACAGGAAGCCGAAUAUUACAGGUUCGUAAUAAGUCAGAAAACAAUACCAACCUUAGACUAA